AUUCGUGUUCGUUGGGGGCUGAGGUCAUUUGUAGACCCCUACAAGCUGUUGGCCGCAAGCGCACACCAUCAGACCACAACCCCAGGAUUGGCUGCGUCCCAAUUAGGCUAUCGACCACCCUGUCUGAAUUCAUGUCGCAAUAAGAUCUGGGAGUUUUGGUGAAGCAACAUGCCCUCGUACCUGACUGGAUACACCACUCUCUGAGGCCAGCCUCGUGUAUCGGCAUUGUAACAACACGACGGAUGACAGCUAGGAAUUGAAUCCGUUAUCAAUGCAGUGUGAGAUGAGGACUAGGCCGAAGUAUGAGUCCAAUGAUACCACGGUGGCACCGUGUUGGUGAAAAUAGAUGUAAUCGAGAUAACAUGGGGAGAAUCGAACCCCCCGGAAUCUGGUCAUGGGAGAAACGCAACUUAUUCUACUUUCAGAUUUGAGCCGAGUUUCUUUCACAACAACAACAACUUGCAAAGAGUGAUUAACAACUACAUCGGCAAUGAAUAUGAUUAUUCUCGCGUUCUUGGCUGCUGCAUGCCUAGUCCUUAGUCAAGACAACAGACCUCCAGACCCAAACAAUCAUUUUAUCUAUCCUCCACUACCAGGCCCCCAAUUCAGCAAUGAUAACACUGUCUUCAGCUCGAACAUCGCCUUCAUAGUGGGCCAACCGCAAAGCCAACCGUGGAAAUGGGUGUCUAAUAUGAGCAGUAUGAUGAUCAUCCUGCAGCAGGAAGGGAAUCCAGAAUCCGUCCAGCAAUAUCAACUUACUGACUGCCAGCCCGGUGACAAUGAUUUCAUAUACUGGGAUGGAAAUAUUGGUGAUAUCGACUUGAAGAACGGGACCCAGGCGUUUCUCGAAGCUUUCAACUGCUCCGAUCCAGGCAGUACGCCAGUGUUCUUCUCGCACUACAUCAACCUAACCGACCAUUCCGCAUCAGAAAGCACCUCCAUUACGACAUCCUCUACCCUAACUCGUACUGUAAGCUCGAUUCAGUCCAUGGUGAUCAGCACGAGUGCCCCGGCUGUGGCUUCCCCAACGUUAACUUCCCUCUCCUCUCCUUCCACCCCCCCUUCUACCUCCUCCUCCUCCAAUGCCGCAGCUAUAGGUGGCGGUAUUGGUGGAGGCAUCGGCGGCGCUAUCGUGAUAGCUGCCAUCAUAUUCGCCCUCAUAAAAAUGCAAAAAGGGAAAAGCCAAACGGAUCAGACACAGAGGGUGAUCGUUCCCACCCGAUGGGCCCCUCAUAGCGAGUACUACAAGCCCAACUACCCAUCGUCAGGGCAGACAAUGUCAUACACGCCGCCAUUACUGAAUUCGGAUAUAGGUUCAACUUAUGAGCCGGAGCGGGCUCACAGCACAGGAUAUGUCACUGGAGUCAGCGAAUUGCCGUCUGAUACAGCGAGAGGAAGCUAGGUGCUUAAGGAGUAAAUGCUGGUAUUGUAUAACAACGAAAUCACCGACCAUGUAUUGUAAUCUCAUUAGGGGGCUUGACGUUUGGUGUUUGAUGCUUGACAUUUAUAUCUUUCAUGUUAGCUGCUGGGUGGCUUUUUACUCAUUCAUGUAUGCCGGAUUUUUGGAUAUCCUGAUACCUUCCCAGAAGUAUGUCAUGUUUUUUUAUAACUGAAGCAUUUAGUUUGCGAGCAGACAUCGAAUUAAGAGAUAUUUCAUGUUUAUCGGGGGCAUAACGGUUGGAGAGUACGAUGAAGAUGCAAUACAUAGGCACAUUUUAUGCCUAGUGAUCGAGGAGCUUCCAGAGAAGUCAAGCUGUAAUUACUAAACAUUGCGAUCCAUCAUCAAGCAACUAUUUUCGAGUUCGUUGCACGCAUUGAUAGAGAC